GGAUGAAUCCGCGAAACUCGUUAACAGCCCUUAGUAAGGACUUUUGUGUAAUUUCAGUAGUCCUAAUCCAAAACCCUCAGGUUGCUCGCAACUCACUCUCUCUAGCACGCCGUUGCUCUGUGAGACUGAGAGAUCGCUGUGCUCCUUCGUUCUGGCCCCGGUUAUCUCCCUCAUCUUCUUCCCUCAAACUGAACUCCACCACUCUCUCUGUUGGGCAGGAACCAAAACGUAGAGCACCGAUUGAAUUCGGCAGCGCGAACAAACAAGAAACGAGGAGGAAACCCUAGAAGUGUAUUGAAUGGCGGUGUGGAGAGCUGGAGCAGCUUCGUCUUCCCUGUUGAGUAGGCUCCUACGACACUCCAACGUCAUCAACGUCACCGCCCCUACUCGCACUCUCUCCACCGAUGUAGCUGGUUCAAGUAAUCAGUUGUUUCACUAUGAUAUCAAUUCACAAUACGGAAGGUGCAUGCCUCUUGCUGAUAUGCACAUUCAAGCCAAAAUACACAGCAUCGAGAUGAACCCGGGCCAAGGUGGCAAGUUAGUUCGAGCACCAGGCACUUUUGCAAAGAUUUUGAAAGAACCCACUGCUUCAAGGUGUUUAGUGAGACUGCCUUCAGGUGUUGAAAAAUGGAUUGAUGCUAAGUGCCAGGCUACUAUUGGUACAGUCCCAAGUGAUGGAAAUAAGCCCAAGAAACUCUAUAAGGCUGGGCAAAACCGGUGGCGAGGCAUUAGACCAACGGUUAGAGGAGUGGCAAUGAAUCCAGUUGAUCAUCCUCAUGGUGGAGGUGAGGGUAAGAGCAAGAGUAGUGGGUCUCAUGGGAAGGGUUCUCGAACACCUUGGGGAAAGCCUACCAAGGGUGGUUACAAGACCGGUCCCAACAAGCGUAGAAAGUAAUGUUUUAUCAUUCACUUUAUGUUGACACUAGUGUGGAAGUUAGCUUUGUGAUGAGUUCAGAUGGCAAUAAAAGUCGCACUUAGAUGUUUAACUCUUCAGAAGAUAUUCAAGGUUUGCAUACCUUAUUCCCUGGCCAAAUUACUGAAAGUGUUGGUUUUCUGGAUUAAGCUGUGUAAGUAGCUUAGUUGCUUUAACUGUAAUGCAUUUUACCUGAUGUUAAUGAUUUGGUAUCGAGCGGGUUUGAUGUUGAUUACCUGAAUCAAUUCCAGGUUGCAUUUGUUACAGUUUUGCCAAUGUACUGAGUUGACUUGAUGAUAGACAAUGAUAUUUGAAGUUUCGUCCU